ACCUUGGCAUCCAUAAAGUUGAUUUAAGUCAAAGUGACACACAGACGCGUUCAAACAUCUUCACAAACCGGACCCGCGGUGCAGGAGCUCCGACACCGGCCUGACAAGUUGAUAUUUGGGUGAUUCUCACAGACACUGAGCUGAAACACAGUGUCUAUUCCCGCAGAAGACGGAAGUGAGCGUGUUUUUCCACUCAGGAGUGGCCGUGGAGGCUGCGCAUGCAUGUCCGUAUCUGGAUGUUUGUUCACGUGCGCGGUGUGUGUCUGUGACUUCCUCCCGCGGAUACUCCACAGCCCCCUCGUGCACCUUAGACUCGGCCCCGGUGGCAUGGCAGCGGCAGGAGGAGGAGGAGGAGGGCCGGAGGACGGCAGCCGGAGCCCCGGACCCGGACUGCUAACAGGUGACGAGGACCCGGAGGAGGCCGAGGAGUUCACCUGCCCGGCCCACUGCUCGGAGCUGGCCCGCCGGCAGGACGAGCAGCGGAAGGCGGGGCUGUUCUGCGACGUGGACCUGCUGUUCGGUCCGAACCUCCGCACCGUGUCCGCACACCGGUCCGUGCUGUCCGCGGCGUCCGAAUACUUCUCGCUGCUGCUGGGCGGAUCCGCGUCAGGGUCCGGCCCGGUGGAGCUCACCGACUGGAGGUCUACACCCGGACCGGACCCGGACACAGUGGACCGGGUCAUUCAGUUCAUGUACACCGGAGAAAUCACGGUGACCACUGCCAAUGUGCACCAAGUGUUGGAACUUGCUGACAGGUUCCUGUUGGCGAAUCUUAAGGAUUUCUGUGGAGAGUUUCUGAAGAAGAAGUUAAACCUGACCAACUGCGUGGCGGUGCACAGCCUGGCCCUCACCUACAACCUGGAUCAGCUGGUCCAAGGAGCCACCACCGUGAUUCGACAGAACUUCCACAAAGUUAUCCGCAGUGAUGAAUUCUACACGCUGCCUUUCCACCUGGUGCGAGGCUGGCUGUCCGACUCAGAAAUCACUGUGGAUUCAGAGCAGGAGUUGUUUGAGGUUGUUGUUAAAUGGGUGCACCAAAACACAGAGGAGCGGGAGAGGCACUUUGAGGAGCUGUUCAGGCUUUUAAGGCUGACACAGAUCGCUCCGACCUACCUGACCAGAGUGGUGAGGAAGGAGCUCUUAGUGGCCGAUAAUGCGGCUUGUUGGCAGUUGGUGAACGAUGCUCUUGAAGUCCACGCCAUAAGCUUCGACAGCUUCAAGUCACCUGAUCAUGUGAUGAAAAUGCAGCCCCGUUUUGGCCAAACCAUGGAUGUAAUCAUGGUGGUGGGCGGUCUUUCAGAGGGUUGUGACUAUCUGAGUGAGUGUGUGGGAUACUUUGUUGCCGAAGACCGUUGGAUCAACCUGUCACACAUUCACAACCACCUGGAUGGACAUGCAAUCACAGUCACCGACAGCCAUGUUUAUGUAGCGGGGUCUAUGGAACCAGGUUUUGCGAAGACUGUGGAGCGCUACAACCCCAGCAUCAACACCUGGGAGCAGGUGAGCAGUCUGAACACGCGCAAACACUCCUUUGGCCUCACGUCCGUUAAAAAUGUCCUCUAUAGCAUUGGCGGUCACGGCAACUUCAGCCCAGGUUUUAAAGACGUUAGUGUCUACGUGCCUGAACAGGAUCAGUGGCACAGUCUGGAGCCAGCGCCAAAGGUUCUGCGUGAUGUUAAAACGGUAACCGUAGAUGAGCGCUACGUGUACAUCCUGGCCAGGACUCCAGUAGACAUGGAAGAUGAUGAUGGACUACGUACCGUGACCAGCUGCUAUGACACAGAAAGCCACAAAUGGCAGGAAGUGGACUCCUUACCCCUCAUCGAUAACUACUGUAUUUUCCAGAUGGCUGUUGCUUGUACCAACUUCUACCACACAGCCUCCUGCUGUCCCAAGAGCUACCAGGUGACAUUUGAAGCCGCUCAGCAAAAAAUAAGCACCAACAUCUCUGAAGACAUUCUGGACAGCCUUCCUCCAGAGGUCAUCACCACUGAAGGUGCUGCCAUUUGCUAUUUGGGGGAAGACGUCUUCAUCAUCGGGGGUUGGAGGAACAACAACAGCAGCAGCAGCUUGGACAAGCAGUAUCGGAAGGAGGCAUACCGUUACAGUGCUGAGAGGAAGCGCUGGAUGCUGCUGCCUCCGAUGCCCCAGCCGCGCUGCAGAGCUGCCGCCUGCCAUGUUCGCAUCCCGUACCAGUAUCUUCACGGCUGCCAGCGCUACCCCAUGCCCCACAACCUGGCCCGCCAGCGAGACCGCAUGCAGCAGAUGCAGCAGCUGCAUCGCCGUAGCCUCACUCUGCGGCGGCAGCUGCAUUCUCAGAUUGAAUGUUGAGAUUGAAACUGUGUUGCACAAAUCAAACAUAUUGCCUUUUGCGUGGUACGUGUGUUAUUGCCACAAAACUUUUCUGAGUUUACUGUGGUGAAAUGUCUGCUUUAUUCUGCCAGGAAAUUAUUCUUAAUUUUCUAAAUUUCUUUAACUUUUUUGUCUUUAUUCAGUUAAAAUGUAGAUUUUAGUUGGUUUAAAAUCAUAGGAGUAAAGUCAGUGAAGUUCAGUUUAUUUUAGUGUUGAUUCUAAAUGAUGUGUACAUUUACUGUGAUUGUCAUAAAAAGUACCUUUAAUUCUAUAAUGAAGCUAAUGAGGAUGCUAAAAAAAAUGGAGAAAACAAGUAUCAGCUUUAACUUCUUGAUUCUCACUAUUUUCUCUUUUUUUGUUCUACCUCCAAUUCCCAAAAUAUUUUUUGCACUGUAGAGAUAGCUGAUGUCAGUUUGAUGUAGUGAGGAUGUAGCGAGUCUACAACUUUAAAAAGAUAAACAUUUAUUGUCAUUCGGCACAAAUAACAUUUUGGAACCAGAUUUCGUCACCUUUUUAAAAGACGGGCCUCCAUAUUGCCUUUUUGCACUAUAAUACAUAAACAAUCGAAAAUGUUUUAUGCCAUUCUACAUUAUGUGAGAGGCUGUAUAUGAUUUAUUCAUUUUCUGUAUCUGUCACUUCCCACAUUAUUUCAGAUUACAAAAUGGGCCAAAUAACCUUUUACAAUUUUGUAUUAUAUGAGCUGUUUUUCAGUGAUUAACUGUUGACCUCUUUAAGCUGAAAUUCUUUUGUUCCUUCUCUCUACUGUUCAAUGCUGCUAAAUCACUGACUAACAGACAUUCCCACUGUGUGAAAACUGCUAACGGGUUCUUACUGAGUUCAGUCUUACACUGAAAGACUUUGAAUGUUAACUGGACAAAAGGUGUUGUGCUGAUCUGGCAGGUUUCUUCAUUGCUGUGAAAAUCUGUCAGUAGAUAAUAUAUUAGGCUCCUGAGAUUGGGAACCUUUACCUACUGUAAAGCACUUAAUCUGAACAAUAUUCAUUUUUAAAUCAUUUUAUGCAAUGUUUCUCAUAAAGUCUAUGCAUCAUUUGAUUAAUUACCUACAGUUUUAAUAGUAUUUUGUUCAAAGCUGGGUUACAAACUGAUUUUGAGAUUUGUUUUGGUUAAGGUACUUUUACUGGUUUGUUCUCAGAUGUCAUGCAGCCAUUUGUACUGUGGAACAUGGUGGUGUUGCCUUCCCUUCUUGCAAGAUAUUUAGAAUAAAAGUACUUUGAGUAAAA